AUGGCCUCUUCAGCCAAGUACCAGGGGCAAUGCCUCGACCUAUGCACGAGAACGACGGAGUUUGGCGACAAGAUCGCCGUCCACCUCCUCGAGUACCUGACGUCCGUCACCCAUUCGCACCUGCACGGCGGCACCGACAUUCUCGCACAUGAGUUCCUCUCGACAUGCCACGUCCUCCUGUCGAUCCAGGCCGGCCUGGAGGAGUGCACGCGCACCAAGCAGUUCUUCCCGCAUGAGCUGCUGGCCGAGAUGGAGAAGAAGUUCCGCCUCUGCCAGGCCGACUUCAACGUUCUCGACCAGAUGCUCCUCCGCGCCCUCGAUGGCGAGCGCAAGCACAGCACCAUGAGCAAGAUGAAGAGGGGGCUCAGCAAGCUCUUCGGCGACAUGGACUUCCACAAGAUGUCGCACUCCCUCGAGGUCAACAGGAAUAGCCUCCAGGUCAGCUCCCUCAUGUUCCAGUGGAGCCUGGGCGAGGACAAGGUCCAGAGCGGCACAGGCAUCGGCCUGACCGGUCUCCAGGCCGCCCUGGACAGGCUCGACUCCAAGAAGACCAGCUCCGCCUCCGGAUCACGAUCCGUCGUCAACGUCCCGCCCCCGUCCUUCCCCAACCCUGCGCCGCCCAACCGCCAGCUCACCCACGAGGCUCCUCACACUCCCUCACACGAGCAGCCCUCGCUCCCGCCCCUGCCCUGGAUGGCCGAGGGCUCCUCCCUCAUGAGCCGGAGCAACGGUGCCGCCCACCCAGACGAGAGCAACACCAUGAGCGAAGCUCGCCGCUGGACCGCCACCAGCCCCAGCUCCGUCGACGAACGCCAGAGCCAGACUGGUAAGUCCGGGGGCCACCCCUACGCCAGUGCCCUCGAUGAGGCCCUGUCGCAACACUCGGGCGGCGGAUCCAACUCGGACGAGACCAUCCUGGAGGAGAUGGCAGGUCUCGACCUCGGCAGCACGGCCAAGGGCGUCGUCCACCUCAAGGCCAGCCCCGCCUCGGUCCCCCGGUGGACGCCCCGAUGCAGCAGCCCCGGCAGCGGCGACGGAGCCGGCCUCAAGGGCGCUCUCAUCUCCGCCGUCCGCGCCGGCAACCACAAGCUGGUCGAGCAGCUCCUCGACCGGGGUGUGUCGCCCAACACGGGGCCCGAGAUCAACUCUCUCAUCGACGCCAUCCGCGGACAGCACGCGCAGUGCGUUCGUCUGCUUCUUCGCUUCGGCGCCGACCCCAACGACCGCGACCAUGACGGCAUGACACCUCUGCUCGCCGCUGUCGAGAAGGGCUUCCUCCCCGGCGCGGCCAUGCUGGCCAAGUACGGUGCCGAUCCUAACAUGAAGGCCGGCCACGACGAGCAGGAAUCGGCCACCGUCCUGGCUGCCGGGAGCAACAAUCUCAGCGCCGAGGGCGAGACGCUCCUCACCAUCGCCAUCAACAAGAAGACCCCCCCUCACCUGAUCGAGAUGCUGCUGCACUACGGCGCGGACCCCAACGCCAAGACCAGCGAGGGCAAGACGGCCCUCUUCGAGGCCAUCACCUGCAAUCGCCCCGACAUAGUCACCUGCCUCCUCGACAACGGCGCGGACCCCAACCUCCCCGGACCGAAGCACUUGCUGUGGCCGGCCACGUACCGCGCCCCCUGCCUCAAGAUCCUCCUGGAGCGUGGCGCGGACUCCCGCAAGGCCCCCGGCAUCAUGGAGCUGGCCACCAGCGUCAACAACAUCGAGUCAAUCCGCGUGCUGCUCAAGGCCAACGUCGACCCCAACGCCAAGAAAGACGGCGUGUACACGCCCCUCUGCACGUCCAUCCGCGAUAACCGCCCCGACAUCCUCCGCCUGCUGCUGAGCAACGGCGCCGACCCCAACGUGCCGGCCAGCGAGUAUCCCGCCUUCAAGUGCAUCACCCACAACCGGCUGCGCUUCCUUCCCGAACUAGUCAAGGCAGGGGCCGACCUCAACAACCCCAAGGGCAUCGUCGAGACGGCCGUGGCCUGCAACAACAUGGAGGCGCUGGAGUGGCUCCUGAACCAGGGCAUGGACCCCAACGAGCGCUGCCCCAAGGGCCGCUCGCCCCUGACCACGGCCAUCCGCGACAAGAGGCUCGACAUGAUCGACCUCCUCAUCUCGCGCGGCGCCGACCCCAACAAGCGCGGCGAGGACUGGCCCAUCUUCAUGGCGGUGCACACCCCCUCCAUCCUGCGUCGCAUCCUGCACGUCCUGUCCGAGCCCCGCGCCUUCAAGGGCGUCGUGGAGCGCGCCGUCGUCGCCAACCAGCUCGAGUCGGUCAAGAUGCUGCUGGCUGCCGGCGUCUCUGUCGAGGAUAAGAACGGCGGCGUCUUCUCGCCCCUCACCAGCGCCAUCCGCGAAGACCACCGCGAGAUCGUCGAGUACCUGCUAGACCCCAACGGCGGGAACGCCGACGUCAACGCCCCCGGAGAGCACCUGCCCAUCGUCAAGGCCCUGCGCAGGUAUCACGGCGAGGACACGGCCAUCCUCGAGAUGCUGCUCGCGCACGGCGCCGACCCCAACAAGAUGUACCGUGGGUGGAACGCCAUGUUCCAGGCUGUCGAGCUCGGCGAUCUCGACGUGCUCAAGAUCGUCCUCGAGAAAGGCGGCGGCAUAGACCUCGAGGCCAGGGAGGAGAUGGGCCAGACCGUCGUCGAGAUGGCCGAGUCGCGUGGCUGGGAUGACGCUGUCCAGCUGCUCAACGAGCACAUCAAGCAGUAA